UUCGCGCUCCCAGGACAGGUGUAGCAGAAAGCAGUGCCCCAGGCCUCCAAGCGACGGUGAAGCAGGAACCAGGGGCUGCCAGCAGAGCAGCCCAGGUGCGUCGCCUUAGGGACAGAGCUGCCAAGUGCCGAGCUGGGGCUGCCAGAGCCGAGCCGGGAACGGCAUUUGCCGGAGCCGAGGCGGAAGCCGGAGCAUUUGGGGGACGGGACCGCGGGAACCCGGAAACGCCUGGGCUGCACCGAGCUGGCGGUGGCUACGGCGACGGGAGCCGGCGGCGCUGCAGGUCAGCGGUCGCGUAGGACCCAGCGGACUCGGCAGCCUGGGGCGCCCGGCGGAGCUGAACCGCGGCCCCCGGUGGUGGGCUCAGCCGGUCGAGCUGCGCGGGAGUCAAAUGAAGAUAAAACAAUGUCCGCCAACCUAAAAUACGUUUCCCUGGGAAUUUUGGUCUUUCAGACUACCAGUUUGGUUCUAACAAUGCGUUAUUCCAGAACUUUAAAAGAAGAAGGACCUCGUUAUCUAUCUUCUACAGCAGUGGUUGUUGCUGAACUUUUGAAGAUAAUGGCCUGCAUUUUAUUGGUCUACAAAGACAGCAAAUGUAGUCUAAGAACACUGAAUCGAGUACUACAUGAUGAAAUUCUCAAUAAACCUAUGGAAACACUUAAACUUGCUAUUCCAUCAGGGAUCUAUACUCUUCAGAAUAAUUUACUGUAUGUGGCACUAUCAAAUCUAGAUGCAGCUACUUAUCAGGUCACGUAUCAGUUGAAAAUUCUUACAACAGCAUUAUUUUCUGUGUCUAUGCUUAGUAAAAAAUUGGGUGUAUACCAGUGGCUGUCCCUAGUAAUUUUGAUGACAGGAGUUGCUUUUGUACAGUGGCCCUCAGAUUCUCAGCUUGAUUCUAAGAAACUUUCAGCUGGUUCUCAAUUUGUAGGACUCAUGGCAGUUCUCACAGCAUGUUUUUCAAGUGGCUUUGCUGGGGUUUACUUUGAGAAAAUCUUAAAAGAAACAAAACAGUCAGUGUGGAUAAGAAAUAUUCAGCUUGGUUUCUUUGGAAGUAUAUUUGGAUUAAUGGGUGUGUACAUUUAUGAUGGAGAACUGGUAUCAAAGAAUGGAUUUUUUCAGGGAUAUAACCGACUGACCUGGAUAGUAGUUGUUCUUCAGGCACUUGGAGGCCUUGUAAUAGCUGCUGUUAUUAAGUAUGCAGAUAAUAUUUUAAAAGGAUUUGCAACCUCUUUAUCGAUAAUAUUAUCAACAUUGAUCUCCUAUUUUUGGCUUCAAGAUUUUGUGCCAACCAGUGUCUUUUUCCUUGGAGCCAUCCUUGUAAUAACAGCUACUUUUUUAUAUGGUUAUGAUCCCAAACCUGCAGGAAAUCCCACUAAAGCAUAGUUGUAUACUGUCUUUAACUGGUUUUUCACGAUGGUGCACUAGGAAUCUCGACAUUAAUCUUGCACAGAGGACUUCUACAGAGUCUGUGAAGAUAUCAUCAUGCUGAAUCUGAUCAUACUGUUUUUUAAAAGUUUAAGGAUAAAAUAUGUAUAUAUGUAACAAAACACAUUGCAUCUAGAAAUCAAAACUUGAAAGUAUUUCCAGGGAUUAGAAUUAGAAGGAAUAUUAGAGGAAACUUGAAAUCUGAGUUUAAAAAGAUUUUACUUUUUUGAUUGCUGCAGAAAUGUCCUAUGCACUCUUUGCAAGAGCACACAACAAAUGUCAGAUACCAAUUUUUGCAAAUUAGAUUUAAUCUUAUUAAAUGUUUUUAUCUUACUCUUUCUGUACAGAUGUAUCAAAUCACAUGAAAUAUUUAAAGUUUGAAAAUUAAAAUUACCUAUAAAGCUGUGAAAAAAUAGAAGUAUAAUUUGAAAAAAACAUUUCACUUACCAGAGAUUUUUAUAUUUAUACAAAAGAUUACUAAAUGAAGGAUUGCUAAAUGUUUUUUGUUCAAUUAUAUAAAAAUUAAUAAAGUAAUAUUCUGGGUCUGAUUUGUCAGAGAAUAAAUAUCAAAUCUAAAUUUAAUGUAGAGAUACAUACUAUUUCUCCAUAUGAAUUUUAAGAUAUUUUAGUGCUUCAAGACUGCUGAAAGCAAUCCAGUUGCUCCUGUGCAAAUGGUAGCCAGAGAAUUUUAUAGUAAUGGAGGUUAGCCCUUAAUCUCUUCAUUGCAUUUCAUUUCUGUAAAUCAUAUUAAAUCCUUAAUAUUAUUUUAAAUUUGUGUGUAAUUGCCAUUAAAUUUUCAAAAUGUAAUUUAAAAGGAUUAAAAACUCAUUUAAUAAUUUAAAAUAAUUAUUGUAUAGUAUCUACAUUUGGAGAACUUUGAACUAUCAAGCAUAUACUGUAUACAGUUAGAAAGUUAUUAAAUGAACAUUUUACUCAUUGA